CGACCGGGCUCUCCUUUUCCGGAAACAAACGUUAAUCCUGCCUUCCCCCCUUGAGACGGUUGGGGAAAGCGGGGGGAGGGCGCUGGUCCCGGCCAAGAUGCUGCGGGGCCUGGGCGGCUGGUUUGGGAUGAGCCGGGAAGGGGAGGCGGGGGACAGUCCGCCUCUGGUCGAAGAAGAAGGGGAGCCCCGAGGGGACGCCGGGGAGGGCGGCCAGGAGCAGGGGGAGCUCCAGGGGGAGCCGCAGUCGGACUCGGACUCGGACCCGCUCCUCCACCAGGCCAAGGGCCUCGGCAGUUAUCUCUUCAGUUUUGCUACUACCGCCACAAAAAAGAUAUCUGAAUCAGUUGCAGAAACAGCACAAACAAUAAAGAAGUCAGUAGAAGAAGGAAAAAUAGAAAAUAUAAUUGACAAGACCAUUAUAGGAGACUUUCAGAAGGAGCAGAAAAAAUUUGUUCAGCAACAACACACAAAAAAAUCAGAAGCAGCUGUGCCUCCUUGGGUAGACAGCAAUGAAGAAGAAACAAUUCAGCAACAAAUACUGGCCUUAUCUGCAGACAGAAGAAACUUUUUGCGUGAUCCACCUGCAGGAGUUCAGUUUAAUUUUGACUUUGAUCAGAUGUAUGCAGUGGCACUGGUAAUGCUUCAGGAAGAUCAGCUUCUGAACAGAAUGAGAUUUGAUCUUGUUCCAAAGCAUGUAAAGGAAGAAGUUUUCUGGAGGAAUUAUUUUUACCGUGUCUCACUAAUUAAACAGUCUGCGCAACUUACAGCACUAGCUGCACAACAGCAAGCAGUGAGAAAGGAGAAGAAUGACAGUGAAGAGGAAAGACAGCUGACAGAAACGGUGAGGCCAAAAACACCACCUGUAGCAAUCAAGUCUCAGCUAAAACCUCAAGAGGAAGAUGAAGAGAUUUCCACUAGCCCAGGUGUAUCAGAGUUUGUGAGUGAUGCUUUUGAUGCAUGCAACCUGAAUCAGGAAGAUUUGAGGAAAGAGAUUGAACAACUUGUGCUUGACAAGAAGAAGGAUACAACCACAGAGGAAGAAGAAACUGCAGACUGGGAAAAAGAACUACAAAAAGAGCUUCAAGAAUAUGAAGUAGUUACAGAAUCAGAAAAACGAGAUGACAACUGGGACAAAGAAAUAGAGGAAAUGCUACAGGGAGAAAAUUAAUGACUUUGCAUAUAUGUUUUCUGGAAACUGACAUGAACUUGUUUUUAUACUUUCUUUGGAGAUUUACUUCCUGAAGCAAAACAAAAACAAACAAAAAAAAACCUUUCUAAAAUAUGACUCCAGGUGAUAUGUAAUCAGGUAAAAACUGUUCUGUGGAAAUAUUGUUCAUAGUCUAGUGGGCUCUAAGGCAUGUUUUGAUUUCAAUGUCAAGGAUUGUCUAAUAGCCCCACAGUUCAUUUGGCAACUCUGAAACUUAAAGGAAUUGCAUAAGUGAAUUUCAGUGCAGAACAAAAAAGUGCUCAGGGGAAGAAGAGAGAAAGAAUGUCCAGAGCAUGUGCACAAGAAAUAGUAUGUGCCUAAAAGAGCCUUCUAGAUCACUGUGUCUAUAUUUUAAUUAUUUUGUUAUCUUUCUGUUUUAGAAAAAUGUUAGUUGGAUCAUCAAGUACGUUUUCUGUGGACUGAUUUCUGUAGUGGAAAACUGGUGUUCACCUACUUCCAUGCAAAUAAUGGCACAUCAUGUUUGUGUUCCCAUAUGUCUUUCACAUUUAUAAAUAACAUGAAAAUGCAUCCAUCUGUUAUUAAAAAUCUAUCCAAUGGUG